AUGAGAUGGACAAACUCAGGUAGCUUGAAAUCUCAAGGAAAUACAUUAUUAUACAGUGGUGGAGAUAAACAUGAAUGCGGGGUAGCUUUCGUAAUAAGGGAUAACGUUGCGACAAAUAUCGUGAGGUUCCAACCAAUAAGUGAUCGAAUAUGUUACAUAGAACUCAAAUGUAAAUGGUACUACAUGUUCCUAAUUAACUGUUACGCACCGACAGAAGAUAAGAGUGACGACAUAAAAUACAAAUUCUAUGAAGACUUGGUGUGUAACACUCUACCAGUUGAUAAACCAAAAAUAAUAUUUGAGGACUUCAAUGCAAAGAUUGGAAAGGAAAACAUAUAUAAACCAACAACUGGAUCCGAAAGCCUACACGAAAUUACGAACGACAAUGGAAACAAACUUAUCACUUUUGCUACAGUCAAAAAUAUGACUAUAAGUAACACGUACUUCUCUCAUAAGAAUAUACACCAACAAAUAUAG